AUCGUGUUCGCGAGUUCCGUAUUGUAUCAAUCAGUGCGGUUGUUCGAUUUCUUUUUUAUUCUCGUGCGUCCGUAAUUACACGUCGUAGUGUGUUAUAAAAUAUUGAGCAUGGCUUUACGAUAUUUCACAAGUAUCCCUAUUUAUGUUGUAGAAAGACACGACGAUGUAUUACCGUUUAUUUAUCGCUGCCUGAGUUCUAAGUAUCUUCCCUUCGAAGGGAAUACAUUUAUACACUUGAGCUCCCACCCUGAUAUGGUCCUUCCGAAGGAAAUGCCUGCAGAUACCGUGUGGGAAAAGGAAGAACUAUACAAAAAAGUUAGUUUAGAGAGCUGGAUACUGCCGUCCGUGUAUGCUGGUCAUCUCAAGCACCUGAUCUGGGUCAAACCACCGUGGUCAACUCAAUUGCCCGAAGGCGUCAUUAGCUUUGUGAUCGGCAAACAUAAGGAAACCGGGAAAAUAAGAAUGACCUGUACCGAACCCUACUUCGUCAGCGAAGGCCAAUAUGGCCCAGUGGACGAGCUAGAGAAUACGCGCGAAAUAACCCUACAUGUCAUGACUAUUGGCAACUUUAUCGAAGAACCGGGCAAGAGCGAUGAUUUCGCGACUGUCGGCGCCGUCAUACGCCAAUACCUACCGGAACGGGAUAUUCCGUACAUCUUAGAUAUUGAUUUGGACUUCUUCAGCGCACAAAACCCUUAUAUCUCACUUCACCAUGAAGUAAACUUGUAUGAGAAGAUUGCUCAAUUGUAUUCGUUUGAAAGACCUGAAUCAACGGAUCCUAUGGUUCUGAAAGAGGCGUCUGCCGCGCGAGACGAUCAACUUGACGAAUUAGAAGACCUCUUCCGCUAUUUGGACGAGCACCGGAGUUUGAAGGGUUACGAUGGCGAAAAGACGACGCGAUAUGAAGCGGUGGAGAAUCUUUAUCUCCAGUUGAUGACUGCGUAUAAGCAGUCGGAGAUUAACUGGAUUACCAUUCACAGCGCAGGUUUAACUAGAGACGAUACCGAUCUCCCGCAUCACCCGACUUCUCGUACUGAUCUUGACCGGUUAAUUACCGGUACAUUCAGAUCAUUUUUAGCUUGUCUAUCUAGCCCGCCAACAAUUGUAACCGUUGCAAGAUCCAGUGAUGAUAACUAUUGCCCAUCGGCAGAUGUAGACACGAUUCAAGAAGGUGUAAUUGAAGAGCUUCGCCAACGUCUUGGUGACAUAGACGUUCAUCUGACUUAUACUUCAUCGGAAACACAUUAA